AUGCGAGCGGGCGAUAUAUUUCGGACCAUUUAUGAUCACUGGGCGCUCUACGUGGGGGAUGAAUAUGUCAUCCACGUGACAGAUGAAGGAGCCUCAUCUGUGUUGGCUAGCAGCUCGUCAGUAUGUGCCGGAAAAGCCAAGGUGAAGAAGCAGCUCCUGAAGGAGGUGGUGGGAAAUAGUAAAUGGCGUGUCAACAACAAGUAUGACCGCUCCCGCACUCCUCGCCCUGUGGAGGAGAUCAUCCGGCGUGCUGAGCAAUGGAUUGGCAAGGAGGUGACAUAUAAUGUGUUUAACAAGAACUGUGAGCAUUUUGUGACAAAGCUCCGCUACGGUGAAGCACUCUGUGAGCAGGUCCAAGAUGCAGCUUAUGACGGUGUUACAGCAGCAGCCCUAGGUAUUGUUGCUGGUGUUGCCACUGUUGUUGCAAAUGCAUUCCUCAGGAGAUAGUGCUACUGACUGGUUGUCAGGAAAAGCUCAGAGCAUCGCAGGGGGUGAUCCUGCCAGCGGUUUUGCUACACUUGUCCUCAGGGCUUUCUGGCAACAGGAUACAAUUGGUGUAAAUGCUAAAUAAAGCACGAGAAAAUUUCUGAAAUCUUAACUCCUAUUUCCCUGAAAUUCUUGUUUAUGUAUUUCGCUUUAACAUUGUUUGCCAGUUUAACAUUUUGGCCUUGCUUCUCCCAGCAAUCCCAGUAAGGAAUAACAAACCAAGAUUGUCACCAUUCAAGGUGAUCCCCAGCAGCUGUAGUCUGCUUGCCACGUGAGCUUUUAUAUGUGUGAUCGUGGUUUUUUUUGUUGUAGUCUGGGAGAAAUUGCAAAUAAGUUAUCCAUUCCUUCCCCAUCCCACACACCUCCCCUGGAGUGCUUUGCUGAGCACUGGUGCAGACUUUUCCUCCUGAUUUGAUCAGCUAGCUCCUGGAGGCUAUUUCUGUGUAUCACUGCAAUAGAAAGGACCGCUGAGGGUUUACUGCGUUUUCCAGCUGAGACUCGGAGUGUGUGGUGCCGAGCCACAGAGCAGCCACCGGCAGAGCGCGGGGCCGGCACCGAGAGCAGGGACCGGCACCGAGAGCAGGGACCGGCACACAGGGCAGGGACCGGCACAGAGAGCAGGGACCGGCACACAGGGCAGGGACCGGCACAGAGAGCAGGGACCGGCACCGAGAGCAGGGACCGGCACACAGGGCAGGGACCGGCACACAGGGCAGCCAAGUCCCGGCACAGAGCGCACCGCUGCCCGCGGCACCGCGCAACAGCUCUGAUUCCCCCGAGGGAAGGAGAUCACCACCACCAGCUACAAAACUGCCAAACCCCCCAUUCCCCUCCCCAAGUAAUUUCUUGAUGUGCCUGGGAUAUCAGCCAAUUCCCUUAUAGGACUCGUUCACCCUCCAACCACUUCCUCCAUCCUCUCCCACUCCCAGCAUCUUCACCAUGACAAUGGGAAAAGUUCACCUAGAAGCCUAAACCCAUCAGAGUGGGAAAGCCCUGGCUGCCAGCUCUGCAAAAGGACAGGCAGGGCAUGUGCUGUGUCUUGAAACCUUAGGCAGCUUGUGCUGCCUACACUGAGCGGCUCCUGGGAGCUGAGGAGACAGGAAGCAAGGGCAGGUCAUACAGACUGGAUCCUUCCAUGUUUUACAGGGUCAUUCUGAUUUUGGUGUGAUGGUGUUUUGCUCAGUUGUUACCUGCCUACAAUGUGUUCUUUUCCCUGGCUCUUCUGGUUCUCUUUGGCAGCAGCAGACCCCCGACGUGGGGAGGUCUGACAGGGAAACCCAGCUGUCUUUUUCUCAAUCGGCUCUUCCUUGCACUGUGCCAUCGAAAUUUCCCACUUCACCCCUGUUUCUGCAGUGAUUGUUGACCUUGAACCUGAACAAGGUUGCAAGGUAAUUUUUGUGAUUCCUUGCAACUCUCAACCCCUUCUUGGAUUCUGCUAUUUGAGCUGCAAAAAAGCCAGAGGUGCUUAAUGAAUUACAAAGGCGGCAAGGGGAUUUCGACCCUCGGAGCUGGGGCCAUUCUCUCUUCAGUGAUCAGAUGUUGAUUGCAAAGCAUUCAUAAUCAUUCUAAAGUACCAAGUCAAUCUUCCCCCAGCCAGCAGGAAGGCAAAGCCAGGGUCCCUGCAGUGCUGGAAGUGAGGGAUGUGAAGAAUGAGCUGUGCAGCACCUGUGCUUCAUCUCCCAAUGUGCUGAGCCACACCAUUUCCUUGGCACAAAGCUGAUGUGUGCAUUGUCUUGCAAGAAAGCUGUUCAGGCCAAGUGUGCAUUAUUGUCCUUUGCCUGGAGGAUCUGCCUUGAGUGUUUGGAACCAGGUUACCUGCAUCCCACCUGUGAGACACAGAACCCUGGGUUGCUUUUCUUACAGGAAACUGCCCGGCCUGCAGGGACAGGUGAGGGCAGCACAGCUGUGUGUGAGAGGCUGGCUGGUUUUGUCUUCUCUUGUCCAGGUUUAACCCCAGCCAGCAGCAAAGCACCAGGCAGCCACUUGCUCACUCACUCCCCUGCCAGCCCCAUCGGGGAGGGAAUCAGAGAAGUUAAAGUGAAAACUUUGUGCCUUGAGAAAAAGAUGGUUUAGUAGGUACAUCAAAAGGUACAUUUGCUUUUUUUGCAUGCAAGCAAAGGAAUAUAAGUAAUUCAUUGUUUUUAUUAAACAUAAGUUUUUAGAUGUUUGCAAUAAUCAAAUCAAGAAUUCCUGUUGUUUUUCUGCUGCCCUUUGUUAUUACAUCCGUAAUUAUUUUUAGUUUUAAUACAGGAAAACAUGACAUAAUCAAACUGAAACUGAAACUGAAACUCCUUCUUGGAUUCCUGGAAAUUGAAUCAAAGCCUUUUUCACAGCUAUACCAGUUAGGUGGUUUUACAGUUGGUAAUGAGUACAGUCAAGGCUGUUCUUUUCCCAAAAGCCAAGAAAAAUAUCCAUGUAUGUGUUCUGAGGCACAGCCAGGACAGGUGCAGCCCCUCCCUAAAUGGAGGGGCUUUUGUAGGG